AUGGGGAGUGCUACGCCCAGAACGAGCGCUAUGGAAAUGUUGGGUCGGGGGUCACCCCAGGUACAGUGGAAGGUCACCGAAGGCACAGAAGAUGGAUGGGGAGAUGACUGGGGCAAUGACAGUGACGAUGCGGAUGCUAAUACAUUGAAUGAAUAUGGGUUAGAAUCUCAAAGAAGUACCAGCAGUUCUUCCAGUCUUGGCGGUAAUCGAGCUGGGGGUGGGUAUGCUCUGGACGAGAUCACACCAG